AUGCUUAUUCAACAUACCAUUUACUUAAGACCUAGUUUACAUUGCUGCAAUGAUCAUUUAGAUGGCGGCGAUAUAAAACUUGAAAGUUUAAAUAUGAUUAAAAAAAAUUAUCCUCCUAUAACAUCAAUUGUGACUAAUGAUAUUAUGGAUAUUAUUGGUGAUUUAACACUACCCAUAAAAAAUUCAACAAAUGGUAUGCUAAUACAAAAAAGCAUCUAUCACUUUUUAUGA